CGGCUUUGAGAGAGCUCGCUGGCAUGUCCUGCUUGAAGUCCUGCCUAGGCGACGCCAGCGUCGGCAGCGCGCCGCCGACCGGCAGCAGCGACGGGCACAACAUCCUGCUCAUGACAGACGGCUACAAGUUUUCGCACCACAAGCAGUACCCGGUCUCAUGGAUGCCAGAGCACGCUCGACCCGGCUCGCAGAGCGGCGAGUACUUCCCAGCCGUGCUCUUCCCGCCCACCAGCAAGGCGCCGGGUGCCAAGCUGCUGCAGCUCGCCACCGUUCCGGGAGGAGGCAGCGACUCGCUCGUGCUCAUCACCAACGCGUCGACCGCAGUGGUCAAGGUGCUCGGGCCGGCAGAGGCGGACGCCGCAGCGGACAUCAACUAUGCCUGCGCGGCGGUGGAGUACGCGGGCCCGCUAAAGGCCGGCGCUUGCCGAGAGGAGGGGAGAGGAGAGGAGGAGAGGAGGCGCCGCCGACUUCGUCCUCCUCCCGGACGCGACAAGGAGGGCGCCGGCGACCACAUCGUCUUCUUCGGCCUGCAGUAUUUCAUCAAGGAGUAUCUGGCGGAGGAGUUUAUCGCGCGGUACAUGGCCGACGUGCGCAUCGCCGGCCCAGCGUUCGCCGGCGGCUGGGACCGGACGAUGUUCCCGCGCGGCGAUUGGGAGGCGAUGGCAAGCGGCGACUACGAAUGCACGGGCGUGCCGACGCCCGGUGCCGUCCCGGGCGCUUUGCCCAUCAAGAUCGAGGCCUUACCCGAGGGCUCGAUCGUCGCGCCCGGCGUCGCGUUCUUCAAGCUGACCAACACGCACCCCCGUUUCUACUGGCUGCCAAACUUCCUCGAGACCCUCCUCCUAGCACGCGGGAUGCACGCGCGCGAACACGCACGCACUCCGCCGUCGUUGGUCUGGUACCCCACAACGGUGGCGACGCAGGCGCGCGAGUUCCGCAAGACCAUCCAGGCGUACAGCGUUCUCUCGCAGCGGGUCUCGCAGGUCGACUUCCUGCCGGGCGAGCGCGACUUCACGCCGGAGAACAUCGCCGCCGACGACCUUCCAGUCCACAUCGCGCAAGUCUUCGACCUGCUCGACUUUGGCUACCGGGGCGUCUCUUCGCACGAGACGGCGGGUCUCGGCUCGGGUGCCUACUACACCGCCGGCUUCGAGGGCUCCGACACGGUCGCCGGCUCGCGCAUGCUGCUCCGCCACUACAACGCUGCGGACCCGAAGCUGGGCGGCACCCCGGUAGAGAGCUUCCGCGCGAUGUUCGAGCAGCUGCACUGCGCCACCUCCGUCCCGGCGGCCGAGCACUCGACGAUCACCUCGUGGGCGGACAUGUCCCCCGGCGCCGACCCGGCCAAGUAUGAGGCGGACGAGUACGCCGCGUUUGUCAACAUGAUCCGGCAGUACAUGCCCUCCUUUGCGGUCUCGCUCGUGUCGGACGGCUUCAACAUCUGGAACGCAGUCGCCAACUUGUGGCCGUCGGAGAAGGUGGUCGAGGGCGGCGAGGCGGGCGGCUUGUCGAUGCGCGCCAUCAUCCGCGCGCGCCUCAAGGCGGGCCAGCUCACGCUCGUGCGCCCCGACUCUGGCGAGGGCGUCGAGACGCUGCCGCAGCUCCUCUCCCUCUUCCACGCCACGCUCCCGGAGGCUUGGGAGUCGGGCCUCUCGCCGCUCCGGCCGCUGUUCGCGCCGACCGACCCGCGUCAGGCAGAGUACGAGGCUGUGUGCGAGUCGAUCCGCAAGGCGAAGGGCUUGCCCGCGGGCGACAACCCGUUCCGUCGCUUCGUGGGGCAGCAGUUCCGCAUACUGCAGGGCGACGGCGUGGCGCUUGACACGGUCGGCGACAUGUGCGCAUCGAUCCUCGCAAACGGCUUCUGCGUCAACGCGGUGCACUUCGGCUCCGGCGGCGGGCUGCUGCAGAAGCUCAACCGCGACUCCCUCUCCGUCGCCUUCAAGUGCUGCGCCAUGUACGUCGGCGGGCGCAUGUACGCCAUAGGGAAGGACCCGAUCGCGGGCGGCAAAAAGUCGUACCCCGGCAACCCGCCCGUCCUGCGCGGCGCCGACGGCGUGCUACGGAAUCGCGGCACCUACGACAGCGCGGGCGAGCCGAGUGGCGCGAUGCUCGAGGCCCAGCCGAUGUCGUACGCCGAGUUUUGCAGCGGCGUCGAGGGCGACGUGUUGCAGCCCGUCUUUGAAAACGGGACGGUGCUGGUGGACACGCCUUGGAGCUCUAUCGUCAGCCGUGCCAAGGCGUUGGCAGUCCGGCUGGCCGAGGCGUCGUGCGGCUCCAAGUGGAUGCACUGCCACCCCACAAAGAUGGCGGCCAUGCAGGCCGAGCCAGCGUUUGCCGCGCUGGGGCUGGAGAAGAGCGCAGCCAAGCUGGGCCUGACGGCGACCCUCGACUCGCAUGCACUCGUCGCGGCCAUCAAGGAGAAGCACGUGUGCGACAAGAAGGCGGCCGAAACCGGGGGUUGCCGUGCUUACUGCCGAGAGGCGGCCAAGAAGGUGCUCGCCGCCAUUGCCGAGAGCGACAUGGCGGCUGCCGAGAAGGCAAUGAAGGGCAAGAUCAUGCUGACACUGUGA